CCCCCAGGCAUGGCCACCCCGCGGGUCACCGAGAGCACCGUCACGGUGCAAGGACAGAGCCUCUUCUACCGCCGAGCUGAGCCAGCCCAGGCUGUGCCCAGGCUGACAGUGCUGCUGCUGCAUGGCAUCCGCUUCUCCUCUGAAACCUGGCUGCAGGUGGGGACACUCGCCACGCUGGCCGAGAAUGGCUACCGAGCCGUGGCCAUCGACCUGCCGGGGCUGGGACGCUCAAAGGAUGCUGUGGCCCCAGCACCCGUGGGCCAGCCAGCACCAGCAGCGUUCCUGAAGGCAGUUUCAGAGGCUCUGGACCUGGGUCCAGCUGUGGUGAUCAGCCCAUCGCUCAGUGGCAUGUACUCACUGCCUUGCCUCUUUCAGCACAGCCAGCUGUUCAAGGCCUAUGUACCUGUGGCACCCAUCUGCACUGAGAAAUUCACAGCGGAGCAGUAUGCCCAGAUCAAAACCCCCACGCUGAUUGUGUACGGGGACCAGGAUGUGGAGCUGGGGCAGACCAGUCUGAACAACCUGCAGCACCUCCCUGAGCACCAGGUGCUGAUGCUGCAGGGUGCAGGACACGCUUGCUACCUGGACAAGCCCAAUGAGUGGCACCAUGGACUCCUGGCCUUCCUGCAGCAGCUGAAGUGAGCAGGAUGGGACCACAGAGCUGGAGAAUGUGACCAGCCCACCCACCCCUCUGCCUGCACAUGCACCCUUGUGCCUACCCAGGCACUCACACUGCACUGGCCCACACCAGCACCCACCUCUCUUGAGACCAAAUAAAACCCCAAGCUCUGCCACUGC